AUGCCGAAGCCGGUCAGCUCAACUGCUGAAGAGAGGGGAAAGGGUGUCGAAGUCAAAGUCAAAAAGAUGGACGGGCACGUCGAGGACCAUGGGAAGCACUCCACGAUAAGUGCUUUCGCUAAGCACUUACGAAGCACUGGGCAACAGCUUCUUCAGAAUGUUGCCGAUGGUGCUGGUGAUGUUCUCAUCGAGAUGAAGGGGCAAGUGUUCGACCUUACUUUGCUUGCAAAGGCUCAAUACACCGGCACACGUCACGGUCUUUGCUCAGCAUGCUCCAGCAUGCCGUUCGGCCAAUUCCAGCCUGGCGUUGUGAGCAUCUUGGCUGCUCCAUCCACGGAUAUUUUGCAUCCUCUACACAAGAUGUCAAAGCAUGAAAGCUCUUGCAGAUUCUGCGGUUUGGUCUGCCAGGCACUUGAUCGCGAAGUCAACAAUCCAUGGGACCUACUUGGUGAAAAACGAAAGAUGUCGCAUACAUCCUCAAUGCAUCGGGUUGAAUCUGAGUUACCUGACAUCAACAAUGCUACAGCAGCUGAGCCAAGUACGACCGCAGCGGUCAGGGACGAAGAACGCCCCAGGACACUCAGUCAGCUGGACCAUGAGCUCGUGGCAAACGUGGCAUUCCUCGUGAGAUUGCAGAGACACCGCGUCCUGGGCUGGGUCUGGAUAGACAUCAAGAACCCCAACCACAAGGACUCAGGUCUCGUCAUAAUUGAAGUCUGGGGCUUUGGGCGGAACACCCGGACAGAGAUGUCACGCAUAAGCCACUUUCAACUGCGUGUGAGCUCCACCUCCACCAUCGCACAAGAGGGUCCUUCGCUGCGAUAUGCAAACCGGUUGAAUACGAAACGCGUAGACUUGUCGGCGAUGAAAUUCAGUCUCUCUCACUGUCAAGAAGAACACGACAAGGACGGGGACGAAUGCAGUGCUCCACUAUACACGAGGAGGCCUCGAAAAGGCCUUGCGCCCGGAAUUCGUCUGAUAGACGUAAAGCACUUGCAAAUUGUCGAACACCCUCACCCUCAAGCUCAAUACGCCUGUCUGUCAUACACCUGGGGCGGCUUCGAAGCAUUGACGUUGGAGAGAGCGAAUCUGGCGAAGUUCACGAUGCCAGGCGGCCUUGAUGCGGAUCGUGCUCACCUACCCAGAACCUUGAGGGCAGCCAUCGAAAUCACGAAAGAUCUGGGCUGGGGUAUCUUUGGAUUGAUGCGCUAUGCAUCUGUCAGCAUGACGAUGCAGAGGACAAACUCCAUCAGAUCGGGCAAAUGGAUCAGAUAUAUGGCGAUGCAGUGGUGA